UUUUCGUCCGGAAGCUUCUUUCCCAGUAAAGUGAGACUGAUUUCAGCACAGAAAUGAUUGCAGUUAAAAGGAAUAUGCUUGUUUUUAUAUUCAUAUCAUUUCGUCAAAUAUUUAUCAAGUCAAAUAAUCAUUCUCUAACCAUCACCUAUCCAAAAAGAUUUUAUUUUCCGAGGAAUACAACGUCAGCAUCAAUAAAGAAUAAUGAAUCUAUGUGGGAAGAAAUUGAAGAUUUUAUUAACACUAAAGAGUGCAAUAAAAAAUGGUUUUGUUCCUUAAACGAUGAUAUCCAUGGAGAAAGAGCUUGCUUCUGUGACCGACUCUGUCAUGUAUUCUCAGACUGUUGUGAAGAUGUAAUUAAAAACGAUAUUGCAGAUAAUGUGAUGAAUGAUAUAAAUAAACCAGAGGCAGUUAAAUCAUGGCCUAAGAAUAUCUUUGAAUGUAUACCUGACCCAAGUAAGCAGAGGAGUUAUGUAUACAGAAUCAUUGCUUGCCCAUAUGAUUACAAUAAUACUGUAGUGAAAAGCUUUUGUGAACAGCCAGGCACUAAAACAAAUACAAUUACUGUUUCACCAAUGAUCGGUGAAAUACUGGGAGGAUACGUGAUAUUUUCAAAUGUUUACUGUGCAAUUUGUCACAAUGUUCAAGAUAUUUUUAGUUCAACGUUCUUGAUUAAAUGCAAAUGGACAUCUCAUAACAUGGAAAACCAAACACAACCUGACGCACACGCUGUAAAAUUUCUAACUGAUUCAAAAUUGACUGAAAAACUACAUAAAAGUAUGAACUGUCGAGUGUCAUCCUUCAAUUAUUUGAUAAAAAAAAGUUUACGCGGAUGCCAUGAUUAUAUAAGAACGUGUCCUUCGCAUGGGUCUGGCGAUUUUCGUUCUUUUUGUCUAAAUAAUCCCUUGCAUCCAGUUCGGCACAAAGAUAGUAGAGUUUUCAAAAACAUAUUUUGUGCGUUGUGUAACAAUGCAAUGAUAAAUAAUGUGUCGUGUUUUGAAAAUAUUGGCUACUUCGGUCAUCACUUAGUUGAUUUUAUGGACCUAAACAUGGGACCGUCUCAGAUAUGUGGAACGAGUGAAGUCUUUGAUCAAUCUACCGGAGCCUGCAGAGAAACGCAAACUAUUCUGAAAAUAAACUGCACAUUACUGAAACUCCAAGAAAAUGAAUAUGCUGAUUUAAAUGAUUCCAUUUAUUUAAAGCAUCUCGAUAAAACUAUCAAUAAAUCCCAGUUUUAUAUGCAGCAAGGCGGAUCUUUCAUUUGCUUAAAACACUAUUUUUCAUUUGGAAAUGGAUCUGGAAUAAACCCGAAGAUGGCAUCUAAAAUUACCGAAGCUGAGAACUACCUUUCUAUUAUUGGUUUCGUAUUCUCAAUCCCAACUUUAUUUAUAGCAUUUUCAGUUUAUUGUUAUUUUAACACAUUACGAAAUCUUCCGGGUAAAAUGGCUAUGAAUCUAAUGGCAUCACUAUUUCUGGCAAAUCUUGUAUUCUUACUUGCAAAUAUAAUUAAAGAAUUGCCCGGUCAUUUUUUGUGCCGAACAUUUGCAAUAAUUGCUCAUUACACCUAUCUGGUUUCAUUUUGUUGGAUGAAUAUAAUGGCUUUUGAUUCUUGGCGAACGUUUUCCAGAAAGCAAAUUCUAUCGAUUACUGAUCGAAGCAAUCGUUCAUUUAAGUUCUAUAUGCUUUAUGCUUGGUUAAGUCCAGUAGCAAUUGUCGCUGGUGCAGUAGUAACUCAAUACUUCCAGUCUGAUUCUGCAUUCUCUCCCGCUUAUGGUGAUUCCUUAUGUUGGUUCAACAAAAGACUUUCGCUGUUAAUUUUCUUUGGCUUGCCAUUAAUUAUAAUACUAAUAAUGAAUACUAUAUUCUUCACUUUUACAUUCCGAGCCAUCUAUUCAGCAAAUAAGUUCACAAAGCGCUGUCUUUCAAAGAGCGAUAAGAACACGUUUAUCGUCUUCUUUAAGCUUUAUUUCAUUUUAGGAAUCAACUGGUUUGUCUCCAUACUAUACACUUAUACUCAAAUCGAAUUACUGCGCUAUAUUUCAGUACUUUUGAUGUCGUUCCAAGGAUUUUUUGUGGGUUGUUCCUAUCUGUUUUCAAAGAAAGUAUGUCGACAGUUUCAAAAUAAAGUCAGUUUCUUCACAAAUACAAAUUCAAGUGAAUCUUCAUGCAAGCAUACAGCAAUCUCUUACUUGGGAGCAAUUAAAUCUUCCAAAAGCUUUUAAUUUCCAAAAGGGCAUGAACUAAAACUCUAUCAAACGAAAAGGUUUUUAUUAGAUAUGUAACAUUGAUGUGAAGUAUGAUAUCUAACGUAAGAUAUGAUAGCAAAUUAUACAUUUCCUUUAGAUAUCCUGAGGGGUUUUUUUAACUGUACCCAUUUAUCCUUUCGAACAUGUGUUUAAUGAAAAGAUAAAUUCAUUCUUGUGUUACAAAGUGAAUGCUUGCGUUCGUACAGUUUUCUAAUGCACUGAAAUCACAAUAUGUGAAGUGAGAUGACUUUUUAGGAAGAAGUGGAAUCAAAUCUUUGAAUCAGACCAGUAAAAUCGGAGCACUACUCAACAAUACUCACCUAUCGUAAAGACAUCUGUCAUUUGCCAGUUAAAUAGCCUGUUAUAUUUUCUCUGAGAGUGGGAAUGCUGCUCUCACAUCUUGGACGAUGAUGUCCAAGAGGAACGCAUAAACCGGUUGAGAGUAGGGUUAGUAUCGUCGCAGGUGAGAUCAGAAUGUAAAAAAAGAGGAAGGGAAGAAAUACCACGAAGCAUUUUGUCCAAAGUUCGGAUCUUUGUGGUUUUCGUCACUGUUUACAAUUAUCAUUAAA